AAAUAUUAUAUAUAUAUAGGCUAGGCCCGCGGGCUUGUUUGCUUCUAAUUUGGCUUAGGCCUGGCCUUUUUACUAAAUAUAAAUAGGCUAUAAUUCUUCCUUCACCACUAUAAUUCAUCCUCAGCUCCAAUAUAAAAGCCAUAAGUGAUCCGUCGUCUUAGAGCGAAGCUAGGCUAGCUAGGGUUUUCAGGGAAGAAAGUGUUUUCAGGGGAAUUGCAAAAAUGAGUACUAUGAAGAAGUUUUGCCCUAAAUGCAACAACGAAAACCAACUGUACCCAAAGGAAGACGAAGCUUGGAAGAUCCGCGUUUAUGCAUGUCGCACCUGCGAUCACCAGGAGGUUGCUCAACAUUAUGUCGUAGCUGCAAAUCGAAAAGAUCUAAGACUCAUCUAUUCAAGACUGGCGAUCUGUCCUAAAUGUGAUCGUUUGGGUGCUGAAUUCUUUCCGUUAACUACUAGCAAGGGAAGAGUUGUAGGGCUGUCUUUUAUUUGCAACAAAUCGGAUUGCGGCCACAGAUACUGGGAUGACGACGAGAAGGCGGAAAAGUAGAAGUAGUAGGAAUGUCUUGUAUUUGCUGCAACACGGAUUGUCUCCACAGUUUCUAUUCUAGGACGAUGACUUACGAUGACACACUAGCUAGGAAUAAUGUGGUUUUAAAUAUUAAAGUAUACCAUUAUUAUUGACAUGGUUUUAUUUAAUUAAUCUAUGAUGAAAUUAUUAUCAUCAUACUUCAUACUUACUCUAUAUUAUAGCAAAAUGUUUUUGCCAAUCAUUGUUUCCCGCCCAUAAGAAACUUCGUAGUUUUGUAUAUAUAAAAACGUUUCAUAGCUUAAUAGAUGAAGUAAUCUGAUUUGUCAUAUUUAAUGUA